UUUUCUCCCUCCCCUCGCCUUCUCCCUCUAAAUUACUCGCCAUGCUGGUCCUCGACCCCGCCUUGUUCGACUCGCCGGGCCCGGUUCGCUCUCCCUCCGGCUCUUGUGAUCCGCAGUCCACCGACAAGCAGCGCCGCCUCCGUCGCAAGAUCUCCAACCGCGAGUCCGCCCGCCGCUGCCGCGUGCGCAAGCGCCGCCACUUCGAGGAGCUCCAGACCGAAUCGGACCGGCUCAGGGCGCUGAACCGAGACCUUGAGAACCGGGCCGGGUUCAUGUCCCAUCGUUUCUUUUUAUUCCGCCGCGAGAACCACCGGCUCCGGGCGGAGUCCGCCGCCCUCGUCCGGAGGCUCUCCGAGCUUCGCCAGCUAAUCCUCCUCCGCCACGUGUCGAUGGCGGCGCCCGGUGGGUUCGCCGGUCUGGUUUACGAACAAGCCUUGGCGUCGCUAAUGACGUGAAAUUAAUUAUUAAUUAAUGGACUGGCUUAAUUUGGUGUGA